CAGGUGGUAUCGCCCGCUCCCCGGAAACGCCGGCGCCAGAAGAACCCCGGUGUAGAGGAGCAGAGGAGCAGGUGGAGCUGGUUUGUCAGCCAAAGUGUAACAAGGGUGUCCACACGGAGGAACAGUCCACACAGUCUGUCAAGCAUCAGUAACGCUGGACAAGCUUAAUAUCUUAGAGUUGAAUGGACAAGGCAGUCAGAAGUACACAGCCCAGCUAGUGAAGCCCACUAAAGGUUCAGUGAUGCCUGUGAAGAAGAAGAGGAAGCUCCCUGAUACAGAUGAUAAUGAGCGCAAGUGUAAAAUCACAAGUUUCACCCGACCUCAGAUCAGAGGAGCGAGGCCCAUCAGCGCCGAGAAGCUGUUCUCCAACAAGAAGUGCCUGGCCUGGUUCCAGGCGUAUGCCGGCCCCGACAAGGUGGUCGGUCCAGAGGCAAUGGAGAAGUUCUGUGAGGACAUUGGUGUGGAACCAGAGAAUAUUAUCAUGUUAGUGUUAGCCUGGCAUCUAGAAGCAGCAAGUAUGGGAUUCUUCACCAAAGAGGAGUGGGUCAGGGGAAUGACGAUAUUACAGUGUGACUGCACGGAGCGGUUACAGAGCAAACUGGAUUACCUGCGCAGUGAGCUCAACGACUCUGUAGUCUUCAAAAACGUCUACAGAUACGCCUUCGACUUCGCCAGAGAUAAGGACCAGAGGAGUUUGGACAUGGACACAGCUAAAUCCAUGCUGGCUUUGCUGCUGGAGAGAACAUGGCCACUCUUCCCAGUAUUCCACCAGUUCCUGGAGCAGUCCAAAUACAAGGGGAUGAACAAGGACCAGUGGUAUAACGUUCUGGAGUUCAGCAGGACCAUCAACACAGACCUCAGUAACUACGAUGAAGACGGAGCUUGGCCAGUGCUGCUAGACGAGUUUGUGGAAUGGCAGAAAGCUUGGUCGGCAUCGUAGCAAAUGACUUCACUAUGCCAAAAAAAAAAAGGAGAAGGAGGGAGAGAAAACAAAUACCACAAAACACUGCAGGAACCUCUAUCGUUGAGGGGGGGAAAAAAACAAAACUGCAGUUUCAGAUCUCACUUUGACAGACUUUAACAAUUCACACACAAAUAUGGACGACAGAAUCAUCCCUUUGUGAGAAACAGGCCUCUCUCUCGGAGUCGACUUUUUAUAGUGUUAAUUUCGAGAAAAGAAAAUGUUCUUAGGAUAAGAAGACAAACACAAAAAAUGAACUGAGACAAGAGUUGUGGAAUUUACGUUUUCUUAAUAACUAUUUUUUCCAUUUUUUUUGUCUUGUUUAUAGAUGUUUUCACAGUAAUAAAAAGGAAAUGGAAGUAUAACGAGCCGCUUCUU